UCGCAACAAUAAACGGACUGGCAAGCUCGUUCUCGACCGGUGUUUGCAUAUCCCGCGAAUUAACUUUGAAAGACUUCCUUUUUGGGAAUGGUUACAGUUGAGGCCUCUUUAUCAGAGCUCACGAAAUUACUGCCGCAUUUUGUGGAUAUUGCAAAUCUGCUGGGGAAUGAAGUUGAGGCACGUUACAUACUUAAGCGGGCUGCAGAUCACUUUGAGAAAUUGCAGCUGGAAAGCAGAAGAAACGAGGAGGAUGAAGAGGAAGUCUCCUAUCUAGUACAGGCUUUGGUGGACAAGUACUGGGAGCGCAUACACAGUGGACACUUUAGUAGUGUGUCGUUGACAAUAAGGAAAAUCUAUGCACUUGGCUGCUACUUCAAGAUUUUCUUUCUGCUGCUGGAAAACUCCAGCUUGGAGCGACGUGAGCAAUGCAGUGGCAUUCUUGAUGAGACACAGCUUCUGGGAUGCACUGAUAAUCUGUAUGAGAAUUGUAACGAAUUACAAGCUGCACUGAUGAAGUACUUGGAUGUAGAUGCCACAAAGAUCAACCCGACGCCGUUGCCCAUUUUAGAAGCAGUGCAGCGACGUGUGUCCCGCUGUGAUAUACCCCAACUGGAUGCUCCAAGCAUAACAGAAUUUCGUGAGAGUUGCUAUGAGGCACUGCAGCCAACGUUGCUGCUCAACACGAUUAAUCACUGGCCAGCUUUGAGCAAAUGGCGUGAUUUGAAUUACCUACUCAAAGUGGCGGGCAAUCGCACAGUGCCCAUUGAGAUUGGCUCCAACUAUGCCAGCGAUGAAUGGUCACAGCAGCUGGUUAAGAUCCGUGAAUUCCUGUACAGGCAAUUUGGCGAAGACAACAAGACUGCAGAGCUGGAAAUAGAGUAUCUGGCGCAGCACGAGCUCUUUGGCCAAAUCCCAGACUUAAAGGCGGACAUCUGUGUUCCCGAUUACUGCAGCGUGUCUGCUGAAAACUCAUCUCCUGUGGAUAUCAAAGCUUGGCUUGGUCCGAAGCACACUGUGUCACCCAUGCACACAGAUCCCAAGCACAAUUUGCUAUGCCAGGUCUUUGGAAGCAAAAGGAUCAUACUGGCAACACCUGCAGAUACAGAGAAUCUUUAUGCACACGAGAGUGAGUUCCUUGGGAAUACAUCGCAAAUAGAUGCAGCCAAUCCGGACUUUGAACGCUUUCCCCUGCUGAGCAGAGUUCACUUUUAUGAGCUGUUGCUACAACCUGGAGAUUGUUUAUAUUUGCCUCCAAAGUGGUGGCAUUACGUGCGAUCUAACACUCCCAGUUUCUCAGUGAGUUUCUGGUUUGAGUAGGCGACGGCAAGACGACAACAGAAAUCCAAAGCGGGUUUGCCAUCAAUGACGUCAUAGCGAGUUGAUAAGCAUUCGCAGCAUGAUGUGGACUAUGUAUGAAUCAUCCGAUAAUUGUAUUUCGUAUAUAAAUAAGUUAUUGAGUUAUUUAUUGAGUCGCCAACUGAAACUGCGGCAAACAAAAAAGUAACAUUUACGCAAUAAAGCAAAGUGUACAAAAUACAACUUGGGACGUGAGAGAAUUACUAUUUAGAAAUGUUAUCUAUGAGAAUAAAGUGUUUAAUGUACUUGUAUGUUUUCGAUUUGA